AUGGCAAUUUAUUAUUUAAUUGAAACAAAUUUGUAAAUGAUGAAUUAAGAAUGUGAUACUAAAAUUAAAUAAAAUACCAUAAAGAGUGCUUUAAAAAAGGAACUAUUUAGUGAAGAAUAAAGUAUUUUAUUUACUGAACUAUAAAGUGUUUCGGCGCUAUGAUAGAAAAGGUAGAUAAAUUGUUUUUGGCUCUAAAUAUGAAGUUACAAUAGAUGAACAUGUUCAAUUUUUAUAGGUGAUUGCUCCAGUUUGUACUCCAAGGGAAAGAACAAAGUCUCCUCUUGGAAUACAAUAAAGUGUUAAAUCACCAAAGAGCAAGUCUCCCCUCAUGGAAAAAGCUGAAUUUGCUACUCCUAUUUCAAAUUGUCAUAAGAAAUUGGAAUUUACAAAAAAUGAAGAAGAAUCUUUGAAAAUAUUAGAAAUAAAAUAUCAAAAAUAAAAAAAGCUUAACAAAUAAUCAAAAUAAUGCUGUAUUAUAUGGUGA